GGCAUUUGCAAGCCAAAUCCGCCGACUUGCGGUGGAGUCUGGACACCUGUAUUGGAGCUCCAAACGACAACUGCAUACCGACUCGAAGCAGCACACGAACAAGGCAGUUGAAACCAUGGAAGCCAUACUCGAGCAAGCGCGUACCAUCUACGAAGGCGAAAUUGACUUCGAAGGGCAGCGCCUUGCAGACUAUCUCACAUAUGGCUUCCUCUCGCUCGUUGGCGCAGUCGCAUUUCUCGUCGGCUUCUUCACCCAGGACAUCUACCAGACGCUCUACAUCGGUCUCGGAGGGACGGCACUCGCGUUUGUCAUGAUCGUGCCUCCGUGGCCUUUCUUCAACAAGCAUCAGUUACACUUCCUACCCUUGCGAACAGCGCAGACCUCUCUACAGGGGAUACAUAUUGAGGUGGACGGCAAGAAGGUCAGCUAGUGGAGAACGUGGUGCAGCAGACUCGACCAUGGUCAUGCUGUGAGGAGGAAGAAGCAGGGAACAUAGCUGUUGAUACGUGGCCGGCGGUAUGCAGUUUCAAUGGCGCUGAAGGAAUCACCGCACACCGCUUGCGAGCACUAUACGAGUGCACUGGAUGAAGAUACGGCAGAGCGAUCUGCAAAGCUCUCAUGGAGCUGGUAUCAUACUCUGCCUGUCCACGGCCACUUUCUAGCAUGACUUGAUCUAUGCCAGCUUCAAAC